CGAAUUUUGGACUGAAAUUUCUUCCAGGCCGCCAUAGAUAUAUACUCAACGUUGAGUAACGCGUGCAAACCAGAGAAGUGACCAGUUCGGACCAGUUCCUAUCCCCAUCAGGAUUCGAUGGAUGCCGCACUUAUUACAGAGGAUUCCAUAAGUGCAGACGAGCAGAAGCUCUACGACCGUCAGAUCCGCCUUUGGGGUCUCGAUGCGCAGAAGAGGCUGCGAUCUUCUCGCAUCCUACUUGUGGGUCUUGGUGGCCUUGGUGCAGAGGUAGCCAAGAAUGUGAUUCUAACUGGAGUCAAGUCCAUUACACUGAUGGAUGAUGUAACCCUAACCCAAGAAAAUUCUGUUGCUACAUUCCUUGCCCCAAAGGAUAAGCUGGGCAGCAAUAGGGCAGAGGUCUCACUCGAGCGUGCUCAGGGCUUGAAUCCUAAUGUGGUGGUCAUUGCAGAUCCAGGUCCCCUUGACAAGAAGCCAGACUCCUUCUUCAUCAACUUUGAUGUUGUAUGCCUCACAGACUGCUCCAUUGAGCAGAUUCUAAGAGUCAAUCACAUCUGCCGGGAAAACAAGAUCAAAUUCUUUGCAGCAGAUGUGUUUGGUUUCUUUGGUUUUGUUUUUGAGGACCUACUGAAGCACGAAUAUGCACGGGAAGUUCCAGCUAACAUGGGACCAGCUAGCAAGAAACCCAAGUAUGAUAUUGAGAUGAAGACAGUGAAGAAGAUCUCAGAGUUUGUUGCUUUCAAAGACAUCUGGGAGUUGGAUCUUACACAUGAGGAAUUAGCUCCUAUGGCCAAAGGAAUCCACCCCCUCUACUUUCUCAUCCACUCUCUACUGUCAUUUAGGAAACUGGAGAAAAGGAAACCACAUCCAUCAACCAAGGAAGGAGAUGGGAAAAAGAUUCAGGAUCUCAUAGGUGAAUUUGUGAACAAGAGUAAUCUCAAGCUCUCAAAACUCCCUGAAAACUUUGAGCAGAAGGUUUUUGGAGAACUUAGCCCAGUUUGUGCUGUAGUGGGUGGUGUUCUGGCUCAGGAGGCCAUCAAAGCCUCUUCCCACAAAGAUACUCCUCACAACAACUUUUUCCUUUUUGAUGGACUCCAGUGUUUGGGAAUUGUGGAGAAGAUUUUUCCUCCUGAACCUUGAACUCAUUUUGAUAAAUUGUACCAUCCUUUCUGUCUUUCUUUCCACAUCCUUGUCCUCUUGAUGUGGGCUUGAUAAUAUGUCUGAAUCAUUUGUGGAGAAGCCUUCAAUUCCAUAGUCAUGAACUUGAUUCCAAAAAUAUUUAUGCUUCUUUCUAAGUGUGCCUUCCUUCAUUCUCAUCCUCAUUAUGCACUCGUUUGAAGUGAUUCACACCAAUCUGGUGAAACACUGCUAUAGUACUCUGAAGAAUGCAAUGGUCGUCAUGGGGCUUACAUUAGAUCUGAAGGAAAGGUAGGAACACUAUUUCCAUCCCACCUGGGAGAUGGUUCUUCACUGCAAUGUUUCUUGCAAAAAGUGAGUAUUGUAUCUUCCUAACAAGCUCCUAUACCCAUCAAUAUGAGAAGCUCAUGCUCAAAAGUUUAACAGUUGAACCAUUGGUUACAUAGGUGUCUAGCUCAGUAUCAUUUUUUUAACCCCUUG